CUAUAGGCCUAUUAUAAAUAGCACAUUGCAAAGAAAUAUGGUAUAAACUCGUAGUUAUUAAAACAGUGACAAAGUUGUAUUACGGCAUGGUAUUUUGGUCACUAUAUUUACAGUUCAUGUCAUUAAAUCAUAAAAUGUUAAUUUACUUAGGCUAUAUGUCUAUCUGAGCUAAUUUUGUACUGUAAAAUGAUAACACAGGUGGCAAAAUGGAAGUCCACAUUAUGACUUAAAGUUUAUGAUAAUUAUUUUCUCCAACAAAGUAACAACACCAAACUAUAAAAACAUAAAUAAACCACAAACACUCCACUGUUAUGAAAACAAAAAAUAAGAAUAACAAAAUCAAAAAAAAAAAAAAAAAAAAAAAUGAUAACGCGCACAAUUUUGCAAUGCCUCUUUCCCUUUUACGUCUAAAAAGUCAUUUAGACAAUAAUUUACCUUACAAACAGCGAUCAUUUCUUGUUAAAUAUACAUUUUGAUCCGUAAAUUCUAAAUGAAAUCAUAUUUUACUUUUAAAAACAUUUCUUACAAUAUUAUAGUAGUACAUUUAGGAAUGUAGACCUAUUGUCUCUUUAAAUGCAUUUAACGUUUUUACAGUAGCAUUUUUACAUUUUCUUAAUUGCUAACAUGUUUACAGUGGAUAAUAAUGUAAUAAGCAUAAAUUCCGAAUGUCACUCUUUCAUGGGCCGCUCUGAACUGGAUCAUGACCAAGGGCAGUUUUGAUACCGUGGGAGGGUGAUCGACUCGUGAUCAUAAAAGUGACGUCAGCGUGGCAACCUUUAGCAGGCACCGAGGCUGAAGAGGGUUCAGAGAAUCUGGCCAGGUAGACGAACCGUCAGGUUACAGGGAAACCUGGGUCUAAGGAGCCAAGAUCAAUUGUUUGGGUGCAUAUUAUGCACUGGAGUCAUCAGGCGGGAAGAUGUAUGUGAGUUAUCUCUUAGAGAAGGACAGCAGUAUGUACCCAAAUUCCGUCAGACACCCAAGUCUAAACCUGAACCAGAAUUUUGUAACCGCACCUCCACAGUAUCCGGACUUCACAGGAUACCAUCACGUCCCUGGAAUUACCAACGACCCUCACCACAGCCAAACUGGAGCCUGGAACCCCGCGUACCCUCCUCCAAGAGAGGAAUGGACACCUUAUGGGCCAGGAACUGGACCUUCAACCUCGAGCACUGGUCAGCUGGGCUUUAGUCCUCCAGAGUUUUCAUCUGUCCAAGCGCCCGGCCUUCUUCCAUCUUCAUUAAACUCGUCAGUCGGUCAGCUGUCGCCGAACUCUCAGAGACGGAACCCGUACGACUGGAUGCGUCGGAGCGCUCCGCCGACAAACUCAGGAGGAAAGACCAGAACAAAAGACAAAUACCGGGUAGUGUACACGGACCAUCAGCGUCUGGAGCUGGAGAAAGAGUUUCAUUACAGUCGUUACAUCACAAUAAGAAGAAAGGCAGAGCUGGCGACAGCGCUCAGUCUGUCAGAGAGACAGGUGAAGAUCUGGUUCCAGAACCGGCGUGCUAAAGAGAGGAAAGUCAAUAAAAAGAAGAUGCAACAGCCGCAGCCAGCAUCCACAACCACACCCACCCCACCGGGUUCAGCUCUACCAGGCAAUGUUCCCAUGGUGACAAGUAGCAGCGGUGGCCUGGUAUCGCCGUCUAUGCCAAUGACUAUCAAAGAAGAGUACUGAAGAGAGAAGGAUGUGCAGACUUUGACUGUUAAUAUUUUUAUACUAUAACAGAGCCCUUUCACACUUCUACACACAUGGUACUUUAAAAUCAACAUAUCUUUGAUGCAAUGAAAAAAGAAACUGUGACAAACGUGACAAAGACUGUCUGCUGCAUGGGGUUUUAUUGAAAAAUACAAAUCAAAAGUAGUCAACAACCAUUCCAAAAGUAAUGAAGCAACAUUCUAAGCACACGUAAAUCUGAAAGGUUGUGUAAUAUUCUCUGGUCGUGUUGGUUUCUUUAUUCUAGUACUUUAUUACUGCUGUUGUUUUGUUCAUCAUUGUAAACUUUAAGAUGUUUUGAGAUUCUGAAACUGAAUUAAAAUAAUUGUGUAUUUCUAAAGUAAUUUGUAUUAAUAAAAUAAAUGUUUUAUUGUGGCAAAUUGAUUUAUUUCAGACUUGCCAAGAAGAGCAGCGUUUCUAUCCAUCAGCUGUACGCUUUGUUAAAUUGUGCCUUCCCACAGAUAUCCAACAAAAAUUAUGAACUUUUUUUUAUUUAUUUACUAAUUUGUUCCCUCAAU